UUGAGCCCGGAAUCUCAUUUGUUUCUUCUCCACUUUUGGGGAGGCCGAGGAUACGUGCUACAACUCGCUCCGCGACUGGUGACUAGUGAGAGUAAAGACUUCAGACGACUUAAAUGAAAAUCUAGUCAUUGUUUUGGUAUCAACAUUUUCAAUCGUUUUUCAGCCUUAACCUUUAGUUUUAAAGCUGAGAAAUACUAACUGGAACAUACGUUUUAAAUGGAUUUAUGAACCGAAGGAUUGGCCACUAAAGUUGCUGCUAUCGGAUAAACCCUCUCCAGGACAAGAAAAAAGGGAAUUAGGAGGAAAUUGUGUACUUCUCUCUAAAGGUCCGCCGUGUGACACGUGCAUGGUCCAGAGUUGAUGCCCCUGCUGCCCAGAUGGAUCUCUCCAUACAGAGCGUUGCCCAGCUGUGAAGCCCACGGCAGGAUGAGGAUGAGGAUGACGGGGAACGCGCCGUCACAACCAACGCUGCUGCUGCUGCUCCUCUGGACUCUGGCAGUUCUGCUGUCGCAAGCCCAGGCCCGACCUGCGGUCACUGAAGAAGAGCACUCCCCCCCUGGGCCCAUCGUACAGCCAGGCCUGCCAGCCAAUCAGACGGUAGCGGUGGGCGGCGAUGUGGAAUUCGAGUGCAAGGUCUACGCCGGCCGGCAGGCACGCAUCCAGUGGCUGAAACGCGUCGAGGUCAACGGGAGUGACGUGGGUCCUGGCGGUCAGCCCCUUAUCCGCGUCCUGAGGACCUCCGGACCGAACACCACUGAGAAGGACUUGGAAGUCCUCCAAAUAAGGAAUGUGUCCCGGGAGGACGAGGGGGAGUAUACCUGUGCUGUUGAAAGCUCCUUGGGGCGGUUUCAUCAUUCAGCUUGGUUAACCGUUUACAAAGACCUGACGUCCUCUGAAGAUGACGAGGAGGACGAGGACGACUCGUCAUCUGAAGAGGCCAAGCUGUCCAGUAGCCAGAAGUUAAUGCCGAUGCCCCCAGAGUGGGCUCAACCAGAGAGGAUGGAGAAGAAGCUUCAUGCCGUCCCCGCCAGCAAGACGGUCAAGUUUCGCUGCCAGGCCAGCGGCAACCCCACCCCAACGCUGAAGUGGUUUAAGAAUGGCAAGGAGUUUAAAAGGGACCAGCGCAUCGGUGGAUUCAAGGUGCGCGAGCACAUGUGGACCAUCAUCAUGGAGUCUGUGGUGCCCUCAGACAAGGGGAACUACACUUGUGUGGUGGAGAACCAGUAUGGCAGCAUCAACCAUACUUACCAGCUGGAUGUCGUAGAGCGCUCUCCUCAUAGGCCCAUCCUACAGGCAGGUCUUCCAGCGAAUCGCACUGCGGUGGUGGGUAGUGACGUGGAGUUUGUUUGUAAGGUCUUCAGUGACCCCCAGCCUCACAUCCAGUGGCUGAAGCAUAUUGAAAUCAACGGGAGUCGUUACGGAUCUGAUGGCCUGCCAUUUGUGCGGGUGCUAAAGCAUUCAGGGGUGAACAGCUCAGACACUCAAGUGCUGACGCUCUACAAUGUGACUGAGGAGGAGAGUGGACAGUAUAUUUGUAAAGUGUCCAAUUAUAUAGGCGAGUCCAAUCAGUCGGCCUGGCUCACGGUCGUUAAGCCACAGGCCCAAGCCGAGCCUCCGUCUCCACUGCCCAAUCAAACCUAUCUGGAGGUGCUGAUCUACUGCGUGGGCUUCUUCCUCAUCUGUGUGAUGGUGGCCAUCGCGGUCAUCGCCAGGAUGCACAGCUCGUCCAAGAAGAGCGACUUCAACAGCCAGCUAGCCGUGCACAAGCUGGCCAAGAGCAUCCCUCUGCGCAGACAGGUAACAGUGUCCGUGGACUCCAGCUCCUCGCUGCACUCGGGGGCCAUGCUGGUGCGGCCCUCGCGCCUCUCCUCCAGCGGCUCCCCCAUGCUCUCCGGGGUCUCCGAGUACGAGCUCCCCCAGGACCCCCGCUGGGAGCUGUCCAGAGAACGGCUCGUUCUCGGGAAGCCUCUGGGUGAAGGUUGCUUUGGCCAGGUGGUGAUGGGAGAGGUCAUGGGGAUGGAUAAAGACAAGCCAAAUCGUGUCAGCAAAGUGGCAGUCAAGAUGCUCAAAUCUGAUGCCACAGAAAAAGACCUGUCGGACCUAAUCUCGGAGAUGGAGAUGAUGAAGAUCAUUGGAAAACACAAGAACAUCAUCAACCUGCUUGGAGCCUGCACACAAGAUGGUCCACUCUAUGUGAUUGUGGAGUUUGCCUCUAAGGGCAACCUGAGGGAAUACCUACGGGCUCGUCGUCCUCCCGGGAUGGAGUACUGCUACAACCCAGACCAGGUGCCCGUGGAGAACAUGUCCAUCAAAGAUCUAGUGUCCUGCGCGUAUCAAGUGGCACGAGGCAUGGAGUAUCUGUCAUCUAAAAAGUGUAUACACAGGGACCUGGCUGCCCGCAAUGUUCUGGUCACGGAGGACAAUGUUAUGAAAAUCGCAGACUUUGGUUUGGCACGAGAUAUUCACCACAUUGAUUACUACAAGAAGACCACCAAUGGUCGUUUGCCAGUGAAGUGGAUGGCCCCGGAAGCUCUCUUUGACAGGAUCUACACGCACCAGAGCGACGUGUGGUCUUUUGGGGUGCUCCUCUGGGAGAUCUUUACUCUGGGGGGCUCCCCAUACCCCGGCGUCCCUGUGGAGGAACUCUUCAAGCUGCUAAAGGAAGGCCAUCGCAUGGACAAGCCCUCCACCUGCACCCAUGAGCUGUAUAUGAUGAUGAGGGACUGCUGGCACGCGGUUCCUUCUCAGAGACCAACAUUCAAACAGUUGGUGGAGGAUCUCGACCGGACGCUUUCCAUGACCUCCAAUCAGGAGUAUCUGGACCUCUCUAUUUCUCUGGACCAGUACUCUCCCAGCUACCCGGACACACGCAGUUCUACCUGCUCAUCAGGGGAGGACUCUGUGUUCUCCCACGAGGCCGGCGUGGACGAGCCCUGUCUGCCAAAGUUCCCUCCUCACCCCAGCAGAGUGGCAUUCAAGAAGCGCUGAUGAUUCAACGCUAUCUCCCUGUUUGUUUUUCUUUUUUUGGUCUCUGCUCUGCAGAUACCCAACACACUCAUGCACACAGCAAAGGACUCAAUUAAAACACACAUACACAUACACACACGCACACACACAAUCACUCCCACAGACACUCUGCAAACUUCUCUUUUCACCCCAGAGCUGGACUUCAUUGAACUCAGGAGAUAGGGCUCAAAUUGGGGAUGUCAGUAAGCAAGUGUGGUGGAACUGCCUUGAUUAAACUUUUAAAAAGAAAAAAGAAAAAAAGUGCUGUUUGGUACAGAUGCACCUGACUGGUCAGUGUUUAUGCCUUGGUACUCCAACAGAAAGUGCUGCUCCAAGAGACGAAGAGAGAACAUAAUGGAACCCCUAGAUGUUUUUGUUUUUGUUUGUUGUUUGUUUUUUUGUCGUUGUUUUUUUUUGUUGUUUUUGUUUUUUUUGAAGAGCACUGCAGGAGAGAUGAAAGGACCACAUUCACUCUCCCACUUUACAUUCGGUCUCUCCUGUCCGUCACUCAGAACAUUCCGCAGGACAGAUGUGUAUGGAAAAUAUCGACUGUCAGAGAAAGGGAUCACGAAGGACCAUUCCUCUCUGGGUUUGCGUUGAGGGAUGUCUCGAAUGACCCAAAAUGGCCAGGCUGUAGUGUUGACUUGAGAGGGUCAGAUGGAGCUAGAACGAUGGUUCAUUUGUAAAUACAGCUAGAAAUUUAUAAAUAUGAAUAUAUAUUUACAGCGUACUCAUAUUUCUAUUAUUACAUUUGAUUCUGUUUGGAACAGUGAUACGUUUCAUACAAACAAACAGUUCUCAGUAGGGGAUUGGGGGUAUCAGUUUUGACAUGAAAUGCGUUGUAUGAACUUUGACGUGGCCAGUGUUUUUUUAUUUUUUAUUUUUUGCUUGUUGUCUGUCCAUUUCGCCUUUGCUUUUCCCAAGAUCUGAUGGCUUCCAUUUUCCCAUCAGGAAAAAUGGAUAUGGUACGACAAUGUAUGACCAAAACUGUUUUCUGCUUUCAAGCCACAGUGUCCUGGUAUCACAUUCUCAUUGUCACACAGCUUAUGUUAUUGUUAUUUCUUUUGUACUGUACAUGCCCUAUGAACACAAAACAUGGUUUAAUUGUUAAGCUACAUCUAUAAUGUCUUAAUACAAAACAUUGCUAGGAACAUGGGCCUCUAAAACCCAAUGCACUCUAACAGUCAUAGCCUGCCAUAUUAGGUAUGACUGUAUUGCGUGCGUGCGUGUGUAUGUGUGUGUGUGUGUGUGUGUGUGUGUGUGUGUGUGUGCAUAAACAAGGAUGCCAUGCAUUUGAAGUGGUGGUCCAAGGAAGAUACCAAGAAUGCUUGUCACCAUAAAAGGAUUACAUUAAAUAAAAUGCGACUGAAAACAA